CUGAUAUUAUCAACAGUGAAGACAUCCCGUUGGCUUUGGGGGCGCUAUGAGGCGUGUGUGUGCAGUGAGCUGGGUGCUGCUGCUGCUGCUGGCCCUGCUGUGUGAGCCGGUGUUCCCCAAGGGAGGCAGAGGUGGCGCCAGAGGCUCCGCCAGAGGAACCGCCCGCGGACGCAGCACAGGUCGCGGUGGCGUGCGCUCGUCCCCGGUGCGUGUGGCGGCGGGGGCAGCAGCCGGGGCGGCGGUGGCCUUGGCAGCGGGGGGGUGGUACGCCUCCGCACAGCGCCGCCCGGACGACAGCUCAGAGCUGGAUGACGCCUACGCAAACCGCACUCAAUGGGACGCCUACGCCAGCAUGUCAGGCUCCUCCCACACUGCCUGCCACCUGGCCUACCAGUGGCCAAUCCUGCUGUCAAUCAACACGCUAGCCUACGCCCACCUCUGAGAGGCCACCUCGUCGACUACUAGUGGCCAAUCCUACUGUCAUUCAACACGCUAGACCACGCCCACCUCUGAGAGGCCACCUCGUCGACUACUAGUGGUCAAUCGUACUGUCAAUCAACACGCUAGCCUACGCCCACCUCUGAGAGGCCACCUCCCGUCACUCCUCUCAAUGACCUAGCUACAGAUGGGAAGCUGUGCAAUAAAGACUCUAGCCAACGCACUUCCGUUA